CGAUAGACUGUGCGACGCGAAGUUGCUGCUGUUCGUGCUGCGUUAAAAGAAAUCGCUCGUUGCUCCACCGGAAAUCCGCGCGUCUCUCUUCGAAUCCCAGGAUAACAGACUCAGUGCGUGAGGACAUUGAUGCAUGAAUACGCCGCCGUCAAAUCAGAGCGUUUGACACCCGAGGAAACUGUUCACACCGGUGCCCGUAAUUUAUCGCCCUCUCGUCGGGGGCCGAUGAUGCCACCAGGCUAUCCUGCCAACUUGAGCUUCAUGUUGGGUCUGCGCUCCGGUCCCCUCGGACCCCUCGGUCACCUCAGUUCGACACCGAGCCCGGCGAACUCGGCGCCACCGGGUCCCGGAGCGUUCAGCUCCGCGCAGCUCAAGCACAUGGAGAUGAUGAUGUCCAGCAAUCGGAACUACUCGGAUUACAUGCGUUCCCUUGCCGCCAAGUACAACACAAACACCAACGAGAGCUACCCUUCGAACUCACCCUUCGGACAUCCGACUCCAUCGGUGCGGCCCCCUCUGCUUCGUAGUCCUGAAUGCCCUCCGUCACCGGCUCUCAGAACGGUCCAAGCGCCGCAUCAGUCCCCGCGCGCCGCUACCGAGAGCCAUCCUUCCCCGCGGCGAAGUCCACCUUCUUCGAUCAGUUUGGGCGAUUUCUCCUCUUCUCAAACUCUGCUCAACCUCGCGCGGAGUUCUCAGCUCGAGACGUAUCUGAAAGGAGCGGUGAAGCGAUCCGCGUCCUCUGCUCAAGAAGGUUGGUCUCCGCUCGACUUGUCGCUUUCGGCACCACCCGUGAAACGAACCCGAUCUCCAUCCCUUUCGCCUCCCUCAUCUACGAAAGAUCAUCAAACCUUUUUCCCCGAGUCCCGCUCUCGUUCAAGAUCACCUCGAUGCUCAUCGGUCGGUUGUCCGAACCGAGAACAUCAAGACAGAUUAUUCUCGAGAUGGACCGUGGACGAUGUCGUCGGUUUCGUGCAGUCCAUCGACGUUUGCGCACCCUACGCAGAGAAAUUCCGGGACCAAUCCAUCGAUGGAAGCAUUCUCUCUGUUCUGACCGAAGAUCAUUUGACGGCGUACAUGGGUAUGAGGCUCGGACACGCCCUGAAGCUCCGCCAAGGUCUCGCUAACAUGACCGGGCACUGCAGCGUCUGCCUGCACUGCCUACACUGCCGCAGCUCGACGAAAUCGCCUCCGCUUUCGACGACGCGAGCCUCGUCCACCAGUCCGUCUCCACGGAGUUCUCCAGUUGCCUCCCCGAAGAAUCUCGAGACAUCGGGCCAACCUACUCCGGUUUCUUCAUCGCCGUCACCGCCACCGUCUCAAAGUUCGGGUUUGGCCGACAGCGCGACGCUCAACUGAAAAUUUUACCGCCAAGCGGAAGAAACGCCUGUCGGCCGAUCUCGGACGACCAUCAAGCCCUGUAUUGAUUCCCGGAGGACUCGUUCGACAUGACGUUUUGGCACCAUGUCCUAUUCUCGGGGAUAAGGAAGAACUCUACGCACAAGAACUUACAGAAAUUACGGACCUUACUGCCAACAGCCCAAUGCUCGUUAAGGCAUCUUGUUCGACAAGGUCACACUCAUUUAUGCUAUUUCAAAUAUAGAAACAUCUAGUCCAUAUCGUCCGCUGUGCUCUGUAGUGAAUUCUCGAGUAGACAGGACAGCGGCCGUUUAGUUUUCAAGUACCGCAAAAUAGAACUCCAUGAUACAUGCUCCGGAUUUCCGA